UAUAUAUAUUUUUUAUAGCACACAAUAGAUAAAAAGAAACAGUGAUUUAAAAUAUAUAUUGCUCUAUUGGCUGUGUGAAUUUAUUAUUCCUCAACAGGACGCUGCGUAAAUAAAUACACGAUUGCACGUUACAAAAAAAAAAACACAAUCACGAAUGAGGCAUGUACCGAAACGUAAAUUUAUUUUGUGAGGUACAUAUAUUUUAGGCUAAUAAGACCUAAUACGUUUAUCGUAACAUAGUAAUCCGGGGAACAAAAUUCAAUAUAGAAAAGCAAGUGAUGUUUUUUUUAAAUAAAUCUUAGUACUUACUAACUGUUGUAUUAUAAGUAAUCAUGCAAAUUGAAUAAAAGUGGUGAGUGAAAAAUAAGUUAAAUUCUAUUGUUAAACUACUUCAAGCGUUAUUGCGUUAAAACAUACUCGUAACUAUGUUUUAUAUAGGUACGAAUACCGCUACACGCACCUCGAGUGCCGCGGUGCUUAAACCAUCACCGUUUUUUGCUGCACGAGUUUACUGACUGGAACAGCACGAAACCAAAUUACUUUUUGAAUUAACCAAUCCGGAACGCGGGUCUACAUCGCGCUAACAAAGUUUUUAAACUUUUAACUAUAUAAGAGUUUUAGUCUGGUGUACUGUCGGGGAGUCCGAUGUUGCUGAGAAGACCGGCCGUGGCGAGGGGCCGGACUAUAUCCUCGCUGUAUUCUCAUAUUUGCAGUAGAGUGGCCUCUGCUUCCGUGUAUCGUUUGUUAAUGUUAAUCUCUUGGGUUUAAGUUAACUGUAUGUAUGCGUUAAGAUAAGGGACCCUCUUCUUUACCGGAUCCGGUCGGCAGCAUAUUUGACUUCCUUUUUUGCUAUUGUCUUUAAGCAGUUUAACUAGCACUUAAGAUUAUAUCUAAAUCUAAUAGAAUAAAAUAAAAACGUUUCAUUUAUUAUGUAUUCCUCAAGCUUUUUCUAGCAUUCCAAUAUAAAAAAAAACAACCGGGCAAGUGCGAGUCGGACUCUCCCACGGAGGGUUCCGUACUUUUUAGUAUUUGUUGUUACAGGGGCAACAGGUAAGUAUACGAGUAAGUAAGUAAGUAAAUAUUCUUUAUUUCACCAACAAUUAUACAUUUUACAUACAUGUAAAACUACAAAUGAAUCACAUCAUCACAUAGUACAUCAUCUGUGAAAAUUUCCACUGUCUAGGUAACUAUCACGGUUCAUGAGAUACCGCCUGGUGACAAACGGACAGACGGAUGAACAGCGGAGUCUUAGGGUCCCUUUUUACCCUUUGAGUACGGAACCCCAAAAAAGACCACCAAAAAUUUGGAUUAAAAAAGGAUUGAUUGAAUAGUAUGUUUAAACAUUUAAGCAAGUAUACAACUUAAAGUCCUAGUGGUUAAAAAAACAUAGAUUAACUGAAUGUUAUCUAUGUUACAGCGAACAUAAAUAACAACAUUCUUUGAAAACAAUACUGCAUGUAUAAUAUUACUAAAAAAAAAAUCCGUUAGUCAUUCUGUGACUGUGGCGCUCGUAUGAGUAGCAAUAUGUUCUGGUUAACAUUUUUUAAUGGUCUAGUAAUAAUAAGUGCAUUAGAAUCUCGAAUUUUCAACGGCAACUUAUUGCGUCCACGAGAGCACGGGUAUCUGGUACAGCUCGAUAUAGAUUCUAUAUACAAGUGCAGUGGUUCAAUUAUCAGUGAAAGAUGGAUUCUUUCCUCCGCACAUUGCUUUUCAUUUACUGUGAAUAUGAUAAACGUCUUUCAGAAGGCUGGGACUGGAAGGAAAAAACACAUAGCAACAGUAAGCUCAGAUAGAAUUAUAAUACAUUCAAAUUAUGUUCACCAUAACAAUGAGGUUGCAAAUAGAGAUAAUGACAUAGCUUUGCUCAAAACUACGAAGGAAAUAAGUUUUAAUGAUAAUAUUUGGGCGAUUAAAGUUGCAAAAAGUUCGCCGAGCAUUGGACAAUCGGCUGUCAUAGCUGGGUACGGGGACAAUGAAUCUAAGCAGCUACUGCCUAAGGAAGGCAUAGUUCGUAUCACGCAGUGCCCUUACAUAAUUGAGCAUUUGCUGUGUUCGUUCGAUAAAGUAAGGGCAGGAAACGCGGACUCUGGAGGAGCGCUGACUUGGCAAGGCAGACUUGUGGGAGUAAUUUCAGCGAGUUGUACUGAGGCUGAUCAAUUGGGUGUAGAAAAUUGUACGACUGUAUAUGCAAAUGUUGCCGCUCAUUAUAAUUGGAUUACUGAUUGGGUGAAGAUAUCAGAUUCAUAAAUAUAAUAAUAAAGUUCGUUUCAUUUUA